AUGGCAUCGUCAAGUUCGGAUCCAACGUCUCCAUUACGAGGACCACCUCAAGCUGACUAUUAUACUAUACUCGGGAUAGAACGAGACGCAAAUCAAGAUGCCAUCAAGAAAGGUUAUCGAAAGAUGGCAUUGCGAUAUCAUCCAGACAAGACGGGCUCUGACCCCAAUUCCGCUGAAAGGUUUCAGCGAAUAGUCAAGGCUUACGAGAUACUCAGCGAUGAGAAGAAGAGGCAGAUAUAUGACAAGUAUGGCGAACAAGGAAUCACAAUGUGGGAUCAAUUCGGUGAAAUGGCUCCCUUCUUGGAUCCAGACAUACUUAUUGCCAUAAAUUGGUUUUUCGCAUUGGGAACUUUUAUAUUAGCACUCCUCAUACUAUUCCCAGCCCUAAUAUCAGUCCGAGCCGAUAAUCGAAAUACGUGGUCAUACACGGCCCUCUUCACACCUCUCUUCUUUAUCGAUGCCUCAAUACUAUUCUGCUUGUACGGCAUGUCAUCCGGCGACGACGAAGACUCUGACAACGACCACGAAUCCGAUAAUGCCUCCUACCAGGAAAACAGAGAUACUCGAGAACGAAAACGAAAUCAAGCUAAAAAGGGCAAGAAGCGUGCACGAGCUGCUGAUAGAGCUCUUCGUGUAUCAUACUGGUUGUUAUUCACGAUAUUUCAUAUCUUGAUUGCCAUCAGACUGGACGGGUUUAUUACUUGCUCAUGGGCGUUAGUAUUCAUACCGUGGUUUUUGAUGGAGUCGGCACACUUCUUGGAAGGGUUACGACAAGUGAGGGAAAAGUUUAUUAUUGGGAUGUUUGAACCAUUGUCGAACGGAGCUGCUCAUAAUCAGGACGAGGAAGGGGGUCCUAUGACUGCCAGGCCCUUGUCGAUGCGUGAGAAAUUUGCUCAGAUUAUUCAAGGGUUUUGGCCUUGGGGUUUACGAGUCGCACAGGCCAUAUUACUGAUUGUACAAUUCGACCUCUUGAGUGCAGUACCUGUUGUAGCAGCCAUGGACUGGAGGACUGUAUUCAUUCCAACAUUCUUAUACGCCUUCUUCCAAGUCGGAUCUAUAAUAUACGACACAAUGACAGGUCCACCACCCAUGAUGCCAAAUGGCGCACCUGCUCCUGGUGGCAUCAAGGAUAAAUUAGCUGCUAUAGGAGCUAAACUUGUCUUCUUUUCAGUGUUUGCCAUCUUGUUUUAUACUUUCAUUGGAUUGCUGAUACAGAGGUUAAUGAACCCAGAUCCAUUCCCUACUACACCUGUUAUCUUUAUACCCAUCUUCAUCGUCCUAUCAUUCUUAUUCUGCUGCGUAUGCUGCUGUCUCCCAAUGGGAGUGCGGUCCAUGACUGCAGCAGUCGAGCAAGAAAUGAAUCAACAGCGAAACCAAGAAACAUCACUCGGUACAAUAGUACCAAUAGAUCAUCGCAUUGCUGCAUAA